ACCAAUUGCGAAUUGACGAACUUGGUUCAGUCAGUUCGUGUUGCAUUGCAUAGCCUUAAAAUUACGAAAUUUGGUAUUCUACAAUAGUUGUGCUAGUAUUUUUAUAUCCGUAUUUCUAAAACAUCCAUCAGAAUGGCUGAAGAUCUAGAUGUAGAAGCUAUGUUGGAAGCGCCCUAUAACAAAUCGGAUAACACUUCCUCUUCAAAGCAUCGUUCGGACAAGUAUUCUGAUAAGCACAAAGAAAAGGAUAGAGAUGGAAGCAGAAGACGUAGCCGCUCAAGAGAUAGAAGAAGAUCGAAAGAUAGAGAUAGUAGACGAUCGCGAGAUAGAGAUGACAGAAAAGAUAAAGAUAGAGAGAGAGACAAAGACCGUAAAGAACGUGAUCGCGAUCGCGACCGUGGCGAUCGCGAUCGGGACCGAGAGCGCGGUGAUCGUGAUCGGGAACGUGAACGAGGUGCCGAUCGCGACCGCGAGCGUGAUAAGGAUGUAAGGGAGAAGGAUCGUUCCCACAGAGACAAAGAUCGCGAAAAGGACAAAGAACGCGAACGUGACAAAGAUAAGCGCAGAAGUAGAGAUAAAGAACGUAGUCGCGAACGCGACCGCAGUAGUCGUGACCGCACAUCUAACAGCAAAAAAGAAAAGAGUAUUGAAAGGGACCCAGCAAAAGAAUACCGCUCAAAAUCUAGAGGCCUUGAACCUAAAUUAGAUGAUCUACCUCCAGAAGAAAGAGAUCUGCGCACUGUUUUCUGUAUGCAGCUAUCUCAACGAAUUCGAGCUAAAGAUCUCGAAGAAUUUUUCUCAUCGGUUGGUAAAGUUAGGGAUGUAAGACUAAUUACUUGUAAUAAAACUAGAAGAUUUAAAGGCAUAGCAUAUAUUGAGUUUAAAGAUGCCGAAUCUGUACCAUUGGCUUUAGGUUUAACUGGACAAAAACUACUUGGCGUUCCUAUUAUUGUACAACAUACACAAGCUGAAAAAAAUCGGGUAGGCAAUACCUUGCCUAACUUAGCACCAAAAACCAGUAACGGACCGACAAGACUAUAUGUUGGUUCAUUGCAUUUUAACAUUACAGAAGACAUGCUACGCGGCAUAUUUGAACCUUUCGGGAAAAUUGAUCAUAUUCAACUUAUGACUGACCCUGAAACAGGAAAAAGCAAAGGUUAUGGGUUUUUAACGUUCCAUCAUGCUGCAGAUGCAAAGAAAGCUAUGGAACAACUGAAUGGUUUUGAGUUAGCGGGUCGGCCGAUGAAAGUUGGCAAUGUGACAGAACGCACAGACGGAGGGUCCAGCACAAGGUUUGACGCUGAUGAGCUUGAUCGCGCUGGUAUUGAUUUGGGCGCUACUGGGAGAUUACAGUUAAUGUUCAAACUUGCUGAGGGAACAGGAUUACAGAUCCCUCCUGCUGCAGCAUCAGUAUUGAUGGGGGCUGGAUCAGCACUAGUAACUCCUCAACCGCAAGUGGCCCCACCUAUCGCAACACAAUGCUUCAUGCUGAAUAAUAUGUUUGAUCCGGCCUCGGAAACUAAUCCAAGCUGGGACAUUGAAAUAAGAGACGAUGUUAUAAGCGAAUGUAAUAAACAUGGAGGUGUACUGCAUGUUUAUGUGGACAAAGCUUCUCCACAAGGAAAUGUUUACUGUAAAUGUCCAACGAUAGCGACCGCGGUAGCUUCAGUAAACACAUUACACGGGCGGUGGUUUGCUGGUCGCGUCAUAACUGCGGCUUACGUACCGCUUGUUAACUAUCAUUCACUGUUUCCCGAUGCUAUGACAGCGCUCACUCUACUGUUGCCGACCCGACAACGAUAAACUACAGUAAUAAGCAUUUAUUUUAAUAGUUUUGGUCUUGAUUGUAUACUGAUUAUAUCUAGUGAUGACCUAAUUCUAGGUAAUAAAAGUUAUUUCGUAAAUUA